AUGGCUGCGGACCGUGACACGCCUGGUCACGUGGGACGCGCGCGCGCCGCGCCGCCCGCCCCCCCCCCCCCCCCCCGGUGCCCCCGGCCGCCCCCCUCCGCCCCCCCGCGCCAGCCGCGCGCGCCCCCGGUGCCCCCGAGCGCCGUGACUCGGUCCGGUGCCUCCCGCCGCUUCUUAAAGGGACAGGAGCCCCCCGCGCACCCGGCCCGCCGCGGCCGCCCCGCGCCGCGGAAAACAAAGAGGCACCGGAAACAGCGGCGGCGGGGAGGGGGCCGGCCCGGCGGGAGGCGGGCGGGAGGGAGGGAGGGGAGGGCCGGCGGCGGGCCGGCGGGGGGGCAGGCCCGGGCCCGGCGUCGGCGAACAAAGAGCGGCGGGAGGGAGGGGCGGGGGCGCCGCAGCGGCACCGGAGCGGCGGCCCAGGCCAUCGGUGCAGAGUCCAAGGUGCUGGUGCGUGUCCCUGCCUGGAGCCCGAGGUCCCGCGUGCCCACCCGCCUCCCGACGUCACCAAUGCGACCAUGGGAACUGGCAGUGAAUAGGCGGCCGCCCUCUGCCCCCUUUGCCCAGCGCCGUUUCUCGGGGGGACCCUGCAGCAGCCCCGACCACCUCCGGCGCAGCCCCUCUGCCAGGCGUCAGUGGGGACGACGCGAUCGACCUCUGGCAACCCUGCUGGGCCAGGAUGAGCCCCAGGUGCACCCUGCCUUCCCCCAGCAGCCGCACGUCCCUGUAGAUGAGCCCCGCGCCUACGCUCUUGCCAGCACGCCGCCACGAAUGCUUCACCCAGCCGCUCACCCACCCCACCAGAACCCAUUCAUGGUGGAUCUGCAUGACCAGGUGCACCAGGGACCUGUCCCUCUCUCCUACACGGUUACCACCGUAACGACGCAAGGCUUCCCCAUCCACGCUGGCCAGCACAUCCCUGGGUGCAGCACCCAGCAGCUCCCAGCAUGCUCAGUGAUGUUCAGCGGACAGCACUACCCGCUCUGCUGCCUCCCACCCCCGCUGAUUCAGGCAUGUGCCAUGCAACAACUUCCCGUCUCCUACCAGACAUUCCCCCCCAUCAUCUCCAGCGACCAUUACAUCCUGCACCCACCCCCACCACCAGUGCCCCCCCACCAGCCGCCCCACAUGGCCCCCCUGGGGCAGUUCGUACCUCUCCAAGCCCAGCAUCCACGUAUGCCUCUGCAGAGGAUAGACAAUGACGUGGACCUGCGAGGGGAGCAGCACCCCAUCGCAGGCUUCACAUACCCUCCGUCUCACCACGCUCCCACGCUGUCGCCCUCCAUGCCGCUGCAUUACCUCCCCCACGACCCGCUGCACCAAGAACUGCCAUUUGGCGUGCCAUACCCCCACAUGAUGCCCCGGCGGCUGAACACCCAGCGGUACCGGCUGCAGCAGGCGCUGCCCCCACCGCCGCCCCCUCCGCCGCCUCCUCCGUACUAUCCGAGCUUCCUGCCCUAUUUCCUUUCUAUGCUUCCUGUGUCGCCAACGGCCGUGGGCCCCACGAUCAGCUUAGACCUGGACGUGGAUGAUGUGGAGAUGGAGAAUUAUGAGGCACUGCUGAACUUGGCCGAGCGGCUGGGGGAGGCCAAGCCACGGGGACUCACCAAAGCAGACAUCGAGCACCUCCCGUCCUACCGCUUCAACCCUGAGAGCCACCAGUCUGAGCAGACCCUGUGCGUCGUGUGCUUCAGCGACUUCGAGGCCCGGCAGCUUCUCCGCGUCCUGCCCUGCAACCACGAGUUCCACGCCAAGUGUGUCGACAAAUGGUUAAAGGCGAACCGCACGUGCCCGAUCUGCCGGGCGGACGCGUCGGAGGUGCAGCGGGAGGCGGACUGAGGCUGGCGGGCGCUGUGCCGCACAAUUCGCUAGAGGACAAGGACGCCGGGCUGGGGCGGGGGCUGCUGCCCGCUGCUGGGGCCUGACCCUGCGCUUACCCCCCCUCCCCAAAGCCUCUCCUCGGAUGUGGUGAGCAUUGAGCAGUCUGGGCUCCCGGCCAGCCCUCCUCCUCCCCGCCGGGGCACGGACUCAGCCGGACGCCUGCCCGCUGCGCUCCCAGGGCCCCGAAUCGUGUUGUGCUGGAGGCGGGAGGUGCGUGGCCGUGCCCUCUGCGCUCCAAAGACGCUGUUGUUGCUCCAUCACUUUCCAGGUCUUUGUACUCUCCUAGGGAAUUAGUGGUUUUUCCCUUUGUCACUAAUUUUUUUUUUUUUACGAUAGUUUUUUUCCCCCUUA